GAAUACGAAAGAAACGGGGUCGGAUUAAUCGUUUACCAUCACUGAUUUUUCUUUUGGACCUUUUCAUCGUCCUAUUAUUAAACCAGACUGCUUUCUCAAUGUGAAAAGCAAAACAUUGUCACAGAACUGAUAUUGGCAGGAAAGUGGCUGUUUGCAGAUUCUGACAAAAAAUAUAUAUACACAAAGACACGAGUGGAUGCAGUUUAUGUUUCCUCUUACAAUUUCAGACUUCAUCUAACAGUGUAUUUCAGCUCGGAUUACUUUGUAAGCAGCUCCCAGGAUUUGGGAAGUUUGUGUUAAAGAAUGGCGUCACUUCAACCCCAGGGGACCUGAUUACAAACUCAAAACCUAUAUGGCAGACUCUUCUACGUCGGCCCCAGUAAUCAGUACAUGCGGCUGGUUGUCCUUUCAGAGGAAGAGAAAAGGUCUGUUCUUACGGAGUGCCACAACAACCCUGAUACUGGGAAUCACAGUGGCAUCAGAGGCACUCAAAACAGGGUUACUGCUGGAUACUAUUGGCCUACAAUUAUCCAAGAUGUGAAAGACUGGGUCAGAUCUUGUCACCGCUGCCAGUUAAAUGACCCCAUCAAGAGUUGUGUGCCAGACUUGCAUUCCAUUAAGUUGUGGAGUGCGGUUGCCAUGGAGAUUUCCUGUAAGGAGACGAAGUGUGCAGUCAACGCUGAGCGUUGGCGAGACAAAGAUUCUGAGGAUGAACGGAACAAAGUGUGCGGCUUGACAAAGUGGGAAGAAACUCAGUGCUCAAUGACCCGGACUGGAUUAAAGCAGGAGCCGGAAGAGGUCGCGUUGGGAGGAUUCAGCGACGGCAAAUGCUGCAUGUGCGGAGGACACACCGAUUUCCUGGAGCACCGGACUGAGCACUUUAUUAAUCACAAACACGAGCCGUGUUGCCAUUUGUGCCAGGCAAAAUUCUCCCACAGAAACUCCCUGAUCAUGCACAUGCAAAAUGCCCAUCCCUAUUACUAUACGUCUUGUAAAAGCUGUGGGAUGUACACGGACACUACUCGGACCCCAGACACGAACCCUCUGCCUGAGGAGGUGGAGGAAGUCAUAAUCAAGAACGAGGAGGUGGAAAUAAAUUGCAUAAAGGAAGAAGAGGAGGAGGGGAUGGUUUUCGGAACGAUAGAGCAGACUGAGGAAAACGGCUUUGCAGAGACUCCAGAAGAUAAUAAGAUGAUCCCCGGAAACUUGCAUGAUCAUACCUAUUUUUGCACACAAACAUGCAAUUCUGCCAAGGAAACACCUAAUAACAUCGUUAUGUACACCAGCAAUGAAAACGUGCUUGUUUUUGUUAAUAAAACCAACAAUGGAAUAUCCCCUACUCGCUCAUAUACCGAACAUGACCAGCAGGGGACUCCAGUGAAUGAUCAGACUGUGUGCAGGGACAUACAUGAUCACAAUUACUUUUUCAAUCCAAGCCUUGCAAAUCAUGACAACAUGCACAUGUCUUAUGAAACAACAGAUACAGAUCUAGAAAGGACCGAAAGUGACCAGGAUUCAAUACAGGAGCAUGAUUUGUUAUGCACAGGCCUGCUUGAUCAUACGUACUUCUCCAGACAAAGCCUUGAAAAUCACACCGUUCUCCUAAAACAAGAACCUUCACCCAGCACAUGCAGUUCAAGUGGACACGAAGAACCAGAAGACCCAGACCAACGGAACAUUGACACUAUGACUGGUUACGGAGCAACUUUGUUGGAAUCGCAGCUGGAGCUUAAUGUUAAGGUAGAGGAUGAGGAUAGUGAAAUCGAAACCAUUCAGGAAGACGUAGUCAUUCAGAGACCUGACCAUGAGGACAGCGACUCUUUACUCACAGGUAAUGAGGAUAGCUCAGAGCCAUGCAGUGCUGUUUUUUUAGAUUCUACGAGCAAAAGUUGGAGUGUUUGUCCACAACAAAUCGGUCAAAUCAAUAAGCAGAAACCGCUCAGGUCUUUCGAUUCUGUAAAUUCGACCAGAGACCAGACCACUUCUUUUCCAUGUUCUUUGUGUAAAAUAGUGUUUGGCACAAAAGAAAUGCUAGUGAACCAUAAAGCACAGAAGCACCCUUUGGCCAAAUAUAUGUGUGUGAUGUGCCGGAAGCUGUUUCCCAACCAGAAUAUUUACAUACAACACAUUUGUAACAUGACCAAGGGCUGCACUGAAGAAUCGCCAACGCCAUCCAACAGAUCGAACAAUCCAAAACGCUCAUUGCUCUUGAUUCCGAACCCCGUGUCCUCAUCUGUUGAUGUAGAAUCUUCUAAGCAAGUCAGUAUCAAUAGAACUGUAUCCCAUUUAACAUCAAGUUUGCUACCCAAAUGCUCACUCAGCUCCGAUACUCAGAAGGUCAGACUACAUGCCAUGACCACCAGGUCAUCAAGUGCCCAGCAAAAGAAGGCAGUCUUAAAUGGAGACCAAGGACAAAUGACGACUCCCAUUUCUGCAGUUACUCAAAAACAAAUUGUACAGGUGCUGCUUUCAAAUCAGUUGCAGGGCAAAGGGGUACCUCAGACUCCUCCUUCUUCUGGGACACGCAAUUCUACAGUAACUCAGACAGUACGUGAACGGAUUCAGGAUUUAACGUUACAGAAGUCCAAAGUGGUGGCCAACACUCCUACAGGCAGUGCAGAGUUGAUGCCAAGUGUUGCCUUGCCCCUGCAGCACCAAUCAUAUGAAGUCCACUUGGAGUCCACUCAUUUCGCUCAAGUCGUUAGCUCGGUUUCUAACUCAGUACAGGUAACAGGACAACUACCUGAAUCUACUGUAUCUAGGUCUCCUCUUUUGCCUGAGAUCUUUCCUUCCUCCCAGGGGCCUGUGAAAAUAGUCGGCAUGUUUGUAAACCAGAGCAAGGAGCUGGCCCUGCAGAAGCGCAUGCGCCAGAGUUGGCGCUCGAAGGCCGUGUUCCCGUGCCGCCAGUGCGGCGCCGUGUCACGCCAGUUUUCGCUCAUUGUGCGACACCGCUAUCAGCACCGCGGGCCACGCCUCCACAGGUGCCAGUGCGGCCGAGCUUUCCGGCAGCUGAUGCAUUUGCUGCGCCAUCAGGUCCAGCAUGCCGAGGCCACACGCUACGUCUGCGCUGCCUGUGGCCAGAUGUUCUGCGGUACGCAGCAGCUGGCCUGCCAUCGGCCCCUCUUUAGGAUCACUGCCUCGAUGAGUGAAAAACAAGCAAAUCAAAAGUGCAGGAACGUGUUUCAGUGCCACUGCGGCCGUCGCUUUAUGAGACCCGCCGCCUUAUUGUGGCAUAUGUUAAAAAACUCAUAUGCUCACAAACCGCGUUUAAAAGGGUUCAGGCUCAACUAAUUCUGCUGGAUUCUUUACAGUAAAUGAUGUUUGAUGAAAAGUUGUUUGUUUCAAAUUGAAAUGGAGUGCUUUCACAUGCAGUAAAAUAGUCACUAAAGAUCUUUUAGAGUGGUUAUAUUUUUCUGAUGUAAAAUAAUCCUACUUGGACUGUCGGGCGCCAGAGUUCUUGUGGUUGUGGACUGGAUAAUCAUAUAAGAUGUUCUGGUGAGUCUGAUUAAAGCUACACUUAUUACUAA